UAUAUAUCCUAUGGACGUAAGUAGUACGUACAUAGUACAUACAUAUGUUCACAAAGUGAAGUUUGACGUUUGACGAAAAUUAUUCAUUAGGAAAGCGAGGAAAAUCGAAAUAAUUAAAUAAAAUCAUAAAGGAUAUCUCUUUAUUAUAUAGAGAAUACGUGUUGACUCUGAAUCAAAAAAUCAUAUCUACGAAGAGGAUAUUAGGUUCUGAAAAAAAAAAAAUUUUCCAGUAAACCAUUUCGAUUGAUAAAAUGGAUUUUGGUGCUUUGAUAAAUGUCGCGCAAGAGAAUGAAGCGAAAAAACAAGCUAUUCCGUGCUAUCAAACAAAAUUUGCACCACCAAAAAAGCAGACUAAACAAUCUAAGACUCUUUCCGAUAAUAUUAAAAAAUUUCUCGCUCGAAAGGAAGAAGAAGAGAGACAAAAAACCUUGGAAGAGAAAAGAAAGAAGGAGAAUCUUCUGGCUUUACGAGAUUCUAAAGCCCAAAGUCGGAUAAGUAAACACUUGAAAGUAUGUAAAGCAGCAAAUAAGUCAGUGAUUGCAGAUGCCAUUGAUAGCGAACAUACAGCUAUUACUAUAGCAGGUCCUUCUCAGCCUGAUGAAGAUGAUUACGGAUAUGAAUCGCAAGAGGCUUCUAAAUUUUAUAAUCAAUUAAUGAACAAAUAUAAUAGUUUACCUCCAGAGAAACCUAUUUUUAAUAAUAAUGAGAAAAGAACAAUAAAAGAUAUUGCAUCUACAAAGGAUAGAGUAAAACAAGCUUUAAAACAACAAGAACUUGAGGAGAAUAGUGGACAUAGGCGAAAAAGGAAAUCAUCCGCUUCGAAUGUAAAAGAAACUGAUGUAAAAGAAAUUGAUGAGAAAAUGGAGAAAAACGUUGCUAAUAAAAUCAAAGAAGAGAACAAGGACGAAAAGCCCAAAUCGAAAAAAAAGUCAUUACCACCGCCUAUGGCUUUUGCGGACCUAUUAAAACUUGCAGAGAAAAAACAGCACGAGCCUGUCAUGAUAGAAGUUAAACCAAAAGUAGAAGAGGAACGACCAAUGACAAAACGUCAAAAAAUGGAAUAUAUACAGGAAAAAGAAAGAAAGGAGCAACGAGAGAAAAAAGAUUUAGAGACAAAUAAAAAAACAAACAUUGGAAAUACAAACAAACCUAGUAAAACACAAUUAAAUAAAAUGCUCAAAACUGAUGAAAAAUCUCCAAUCUUAAAUUCAUUAUUAAAUAAAAGCUGCUCUUCUAAAGCUGCAACAACUAUUUCUAAAAAGGUUAUUGACAAGUCCAAUGAAAAACAAAACGCAGAAAAUUCCAACAAAGUUUCAUCUAAGAAUGAAUUAUUAGAAGAACGAAAAAAAUUAGAAGCCGAGAAAAGACAAUUGGAAGAAAUGCGACGCGCUAUUGAAGAAGAAAAAAAGAAAUUAGCGCAAAGUAAAAAUAAACAAGAAGAUGUAAAGUUUCAUUCUUCUAAUAAAGAAAUGGCUAAAUCCAAAAACAGUAAUAGUGUAGAUAAGCAAAUUUCAAAGCAUAUUAAGCCACGACAAAUUCCACCUUCGGAUUUAAAAGUACACUCGUCAUCAACUAAUAAUAAAGUAAAACAAUUUCCACCACCUGAUGUUAGACCCAUUAAAUCUAAAGAAAUUAUGAAAAAAUCGCGUACAUCUAAUAAACGACGUAUCUGCGACGAGGAUGAAGAUUCAGAUUUAAGUGAUUUUAUAGAUGAUGGAUCAGAUGAUAAUGAGGAAGAUUAUAGUAAACAUAUUAGUGAAAUAUUUGGCUAUGAUAGAAGCAAAUAUAAACAUUUCGAUAAUGAAGAUGAUACUGCUAUGGAGAGUAAUUUUGCACAACAACUAAAAGAAGAAUACAUAUCCACUAAAAUAGGAAUUAUGGAAGAUUUAGAAGAUAUGCGUAAGGAAGCAUUAGAGAAAAAGAAAAAGGACCUCUCAAAGAUGAGGCCAAAAAAAUAGUACAAAAUAUUUUGACUUUAUACAUAUUUAUAUUUAUUAUCUCU